UAAAUUUUUUAUUUGUACCGAACCAAUAAAAAGUGGUUGAAAAAAAAGUUAUUGUGCUACAAAAGAAAAAGUAUACCUCAAGCAUGUCUUCGAAUGACAAUGUAUCGAGUUUUAAAGUUUCUCAAAAAUGGGUUUUUGCUAUACUGUCUUUCAUGGGUAUUUUCAUCAGUAGUGCAUUACGCGCUGUUCUACCGAUUGCCAUUACUGAGAUGAUAAAGCAUGCAGAAGAAUCUAAUUUUACUAGUUCAGAAAUAUUUAAUACCAGUGAGAUUCAAGUAGAAAAAGACGAAGUCUACGAUUGGGAUGAAUACACUCAGGGUCUAGUGUUGUCCUCAUUUUAUUGGGGAUAUGCUACAAUUCAAUUUUUCUUCGGCUCCCUAUCGGAGCGCUUCGGUGGCAAAUACAUGUUUGGCCAAAGCAUUUUGAUUCCAGCAAUAUUCACGUAUUUCACACCGAUAAUCAUUCAGAGUGGUGGAUCAAUGGCAUUGGUUAUUUCACGGGCUCUGAUGGGCAUGUCGAAUUGCGGAACUUAUCCAGCUAUCAGCACAAUGAUUACCGAAUGGACGAUACCGUCGGAGCGAUCGAAAUUCGCAACAGCCAUUUACGCCGCAUUCAUACCAGGAAUGAUUUUUAGUACGACUGGCUCGGCAUUGAUAAUCGAGCAUUCUGGACUCGGUUGGCCUGGAGCUUUCGAAAUCUUUGGAGUUUUCGGGAUCGUUUGGUUUGUGGCGUGGGUAUUUUUAUGCUACAACAACGUCGAGAGUCAUCCGUUCAUAUCGCAACAAGAGAAAAAAUAUUUUCAAGAGAAUUUACAAUCGCAAAAGCAAUCGAAAUUACCACCAGCUCCUUACAAGCACAUCAUGUUAUCGAAAGAGUUUUGGGCUUUUGCCAUUGGCCUCAUAGGACAUUCUUGGUUAUUUUAUUUAAUAUCAAGCGAUUUACCAAAGUACAUGAGCAGCGUCGUUGGAUAUUCUGUCGAAGACAAUGGUUACCUCAUUUCCAUAGCCUAUCUCUUUAUGUGGCUAAAUACUAUUUUUAGCUCUUGGAUCAGCGAUGCAGUACUCGCAAAAAAUUUAAUGUCCGUGACUGCUCUCAGAAAAGUCAUUGGCACUGUGGCAUUGACAGGGCCGGCGUUUUGUAUCAUCGGAGCUUCGUACAUCGAAACAAAUCGAGUUCUCGUAGUGGCCUUAUUUGUCAUGGGAAUGUUGCUCAUGGGAAGUACGUAUUCAAGUAUUCUCGUGAAUGGAUUAGAUCUGAGCCCGAAUUACGCGGGUACCGUGAUGGCUAUUGGAAAUGGUUUGAGUGCCAUUUGUGGAAUACUUACUCCGUAUUUUGUGGGAGUCUUAACUCCCAAUCAAACUGCUGGCGAAUGGAGACUGGUCUUUUGGCUGGGAUUUGUUAUAACUAUCAUUUCUAAUUUGAUUUAUGUACUCUAUGUAAGUGGAAAAGUUCAAAAGUGGGACAAUUAUAAUUGUGAUAAAAAA